AUGGAUAGAGGAAGAACAAAUUAUAGAAGAAAUAAUGAUGUUAGUAUAUAUAGAGAUGGAAAUAUAAAAAACGAAUGUUCAGAUGAUCAUCAAUUUUGGGCUAGUAUUGAAAAUCAAUAUUUUUCAAAUUUUGAUAAGAGAAUAAUUACUGCUUUUGAAGAUCAUAUAAGAUGUACAGAUUACAUAUGCGAUAAAAUAAAAAAGAAAAAAAUAAAUAAGAAAUUAUUUGAGAACAUAAAUUGUUACGAGAGUUCAGUAAAAAUAAAAUUAAAUCAAAAUGAGAAAAAUCUUUCGAAUAUUGCUGAUUAUUUUUCUCGAAAUAAAAACCUUAUUUUUAGAAAUAUAGAACAAGAUAAAAAUGAAAUUAAUAAAUAUUUUCAAUCUGACUUAAAAAAUGAAAGAAGAAAAAAAGAAAAAAUAUUAGAUGCUAUAAAUAGAUAUAAUGCUACUGAAAUAGAAAAGAAAAUAAACAAAAGUGAUAAACCAGUAAUAUUUGAUGAAAAAAAAAGCAUAAUUGAAUUUAUGCCAAUGGCAAAAAAUGAAUUAUUAUUGAAUACUUUACAUCACAUAAAUCUAAGAAAUCAACAAAAAAAUUGUACAUUAAGUAUGAAUAAAAAUUCAAACUUUUUUAGUACUAAUAAAGAUGAAAAUUUUUUAUUAAAAAACUGUUUUGCCAAUGGUAAUGUAUUCGAAAAUUCUGAAAUUUUUAAAAAUAGUAACUCGAAUAAUAUAGAAUUUUUUGAGUACAUGAAUAAUACCAAUAAUUUAGAAAAUAAUUUUAUGAAUAUAUGUGACAUUAAUAAUUCAGAUGAUAUUAAUAAUGUAAAAUAUUUUAAUUUUUUGAAUGAUAAUAUAAAUGAUAACACAUACAUGAAUUACGAUAUAUCAAAUAAUGAAUUCAAAAAUAAUUUAAAUGAUACUUUACAUAAACAUAAAAGUACAGAAACUAUUGAUUCAAAUACUGAUACGGUUAAUAAUGUAGGAAUUGCCAAAAAAAAAAAAAGUACUACAUCAUGUAGCAAUGAAUUUAAUGAAUCAAAUAAUAAUACAAAUAAAUUAAAUAAUAUUACACAUAAAAUAAACAAUAAUAUCAUUGAUGCGAACAAUGAUAUAAAUAUUUUUAAUGAUGAUUCUAAUUUGUUUAAUUAUUGUAUGAGCAAUUUUAAAAAUGAUUCAAACAUUUUUAAUAACGAAUCAUAUGUUAUGAAUAAGCCAAAUAAUGUAGUGAAUACAAUAAACGGUGAUAACGCAAAUAGUAUAAAUAUUGACAUGGAAGAGAAUAUGAAAAAUCAGAUUAAUUGUAAUUUAUAUGAUGUAAGCAAUAGCUAUGAAGUUAUGAAUAAUAAUCUUAAUAAUUUUAAUAGUAGUUAUAACAUUUUUAAUAACUGCUAUAAUAAUUCUUUUAAUAAAAUUUCUAUGAACAAUAAUUAUAUUACUAUGAAAAAUGAUUUCGAUAAUAAGUUAAGUGGUGGUGAUAUAAAUAUAAAUCCUAAUUCUAUGAAUGAUUUAAAUAAUUUAUAUUCGAAUAAAUUAGUUAAUAUAGAUCAGUAUAGUAAUGCAAAUAAAAUUAAUGAUUUUUAUAAAAGUUCUAAUUUAAGUGAUAAUAAUAUGAUUAAUAUAGAAGAUUAUCAUACGGAUAACUUCAGUUAUAACAAUGAUAGUGUUAUCUUAGAUAAGAAUUUAUGUGAUAAAUAUUCCCCAAAAUAUUUUAUGCAUAAUUCAUUAGCCUUGAAUAGUUUAAAUAGUGAUUAUAAAAGUAAUUUAUUUAAUAAACAAUUAACGGCUCAACAUUCGAUGAUUAAUGAAAAAAACUACCAAAAUCAAAAUGAUAUACAGAAUUAUGAAAAUAUAUUAGAUGGUAAUGCUUGUAUAUUAAAAAAUGACAGAAUUUAUAUGAAAAGAAAUGAAGAUAUAAAAAUUAAAAAAAAUAAUACAAAUGAUGAAAAUAUAAAAUAUCACUUAGAUAAAUUUAAAAAAUUAAAUAAAAAUGUUAAACAAGAUAAUAAUUUUUUUGAUCCAUUUCUAAAUAAAAAAUACGACGGUGUUGGUAAACUUCCCUAUAUACAAAAUAAGCCAAUACCAAGUGGUUUACAUAUUUCAAUAUAUAUACCCAAAAGUUAUAAUUUUAAAGAAAAAAAUGAAAAAAAAAAAAAAAAACCAUGCAGUGUAGAAGAUGUUUAUGAAAAAGAGAAAUUGGCCAAAUUAUUAACAGAAAUUACUUUUGGCGAUAAAAAAAAUAUUUUAAAUUCAAAAAUGUCUAUAGAAGAAAAAGAAAAGUGUUAUAAUACUAUUUUGGAUGAAUUAAAAAAUUAUAAUUCCUUACCAAUAAUACUAGGUAAUAUUUUACCUUAUUGGGUGAAACGCAAAAAUAAAAGUCAUUUAUACAAAAUAAAAAAUUUAAAGAAAGUUAAUGAAAAGGCAAAAUACAUUCACGUUAAAAAUUUAAAUAAAAAAUUAAUAUCCAAAAAUAUAAAAAAGGAUAAAAAGCAUUUAACGACUGACAAAAUAGAAAAUGAGGAUUUGAAAAAAGAAGAAGAUAUAGUUAUAGAAGAUAUAAAUGAUAAAAAAGAAAAUGUUCAAUUAAAUAAUUGUCUUGAUAGAUUAAAAUUGGAAGAAUAUGAAAUUAAUAACAGAGACAAUUCAGAAAUAUGCGAUAAUAAAUCAAAAGAAGUAAAUGAAAAUAAGGAUGAUGUAUCUCCAAAUAAAAUGGAAUACACAAAACUAAAAAAGGAAAGUGAAGAAAUUCAUUUUAUUAAUAUAGAAAAUAUUAUUUCUGACGAAGAAAAACAAAGAAAAACUCCCAGUAAAAACAUAAUAAACGAUGUAAAAAAAGAAAGCACAAAAAACGAACUAACAAAGGAAGAUUUUUGUGAUGUUACAUCGAAUGAACAAUUUAAUAUUGAAGAAAAAAAAAAUUAUGAAACUAAUAUUUGUGAAAUUAGUCUUGCACCUUUAACAAAUAUAGAACAAUGCAAUCAAAACUUUAUAAAUGAUUCUUUUAAUAAUAAAAAUGAUAAUAUAAAAGAUAAAGAAAUUAUAUAUGAUGAUAAUAUUAAUGGCAAUGAAAAUAUUUUAAUCAAUGACUUUAAGGACAAUGCUAUUAAGGGAGAACAAAGUGUUACUACAGAGAAUUUAAAAGAAUCAUCAAAUAAUAAGAAAAUGGUUUUUAAAAAGAAAAGUACAUUUUAUAAAUUUCAUUAUUUGAAACAUUUUAAAUUUACAAUUCCUAACAGUACAAUUAUUCCUUUUAAUAGUUCCAUUUUUUCUUUGCAAAAAAAUCAUUACAAAUCCAACGUGUAUUUUGAAUAUGUUUUAACUAAUAUAAAUUUAGACAAAUAUAGAAGAAAUAUUUUAAAUGUAAAUUAUAAUAAUAACAAUUCUAUUACAAAAAAAAAUCGUAUAUAUUGUAUAAAUUUUAAUAAAAAUAAAACCUACAAAGAUAAUAAUAUAAAGAAAAAUAUAAAAAUGUCUAAUGUAAUGAAAUCAUUUUCAUUAAAUAAUAAAAUGAAUUUGAAUAUGAAUAAAAAUAAUAAUAAAAAUAAUAAUGGAAUAGAAAAAAAUAUAAAUUUAGAAAACAAUACUUUAGAAGGGAUAAAUGAAGAUAGUAAACAGAAUAUAAACAGAAAUAUUAGUUUAUAUGAAAGAGAUUUAGUUGUAAACGAAGAAAAUAAAAAUGAGGAUAAAAAUGAAAUGAAGAUUGAUAGCUUCAAAAGCAUGUUAGGUUUAAAUAAUUUAAAAAAUAUAGAUAAGGCAAAUAUAAAAAAUUUAAGAAAUAUAAAAAGCAUUGAUAAAGAAAUAUGUGUAUUAUUUUCUCGUUAUGUAUACAACAUAAGGGAACAAAAAAAAAUUAUAAAAAAAUUAUUAGAAAAUAUAAAAAAUGAAAAAAAGAAACCUUAUAAACAUUGGUAUUCUAUAGAGGAUAAAAUGAUUAAUUUUUACAUUAAUGAAUAUCUGAAAAAUAAAUUAAAUACAAAACAUACAUAUACAUUAUCCAAGCAAAUAGUAGAUUUAUUAAUGUUAAGAAUUAUAGUUAAUAAUAGCUUUCAAUUACCAAAUAAUUGGACAGAAAAAGCCUUAUGCAAUAUUUGUAGCCUUGGGGAAGACUGGGAAGAAAAUCCGAUAAUUUUUUGUGACUGUUGUUAUACGCCUAUGCAUUUUUUUUGUACUGGAUUUAAAAAUAUUAAAAAUUAUAAUUUGGUUAAGAGAAAUUCAAAGAAAGAAGAUAAAAGUGAAUCAGAAACAACGAAUAAAAAUUAUGAAAAAGCUAAUAAUGAUUUCUCAAAAAAUAAAAGUAUAAAUAUUAUUGAAUCCCUAUUAUCAGAUAAUUUUAUUAAUAUAAAUUCACUUAAUAGCAGUUUUAAUACAACUAUAAAUGCAGAAAGAGACACUUAUAAUUUAUCUAGUAAUAUUGGAUCAUUAAUGAAAAGUAACAUAAAUGAUAAUAUUCAUCAAAAAUUAGAAUAUAGCGAUACAAAUAUAUUUUUAAAAAACCUUAAUAAUGAAAUAGAAAACAAUAAUAUAUCAUCUCCAUAUAUAAAGGAAGAAAAUAAAAAUAUAAAAAAUAUAAAGAAAGCAGAUAACCAUGGUAUAAAUGAAACUAUCAGUAAUAUAGAAAAACAAGAUAUAAAUUAUUCAGAAAACGGAGCAAAUUUUAAAAACAUAGGUAAUAUUAACACUGGGGAAAAAAAUAUUACUUCCUUAAGUAAUGUAAAUAAAAAUAAUCUUAAUAAUGAUAUGAAUAAGAUAAAAAUUCAGAAUGGAGAAAAUAAUGAAAAUGGGAAAAAUGCUGAAGAAGAGCAAUGGAUAUGUCCAUUAUGUUCUUACUUAAGAAAUCAGAUUUUAUUUAUUGAAGAUUCUAAUGCUUUUAAAAUUAUUAGGCUUUUAAGUGGGCCAAGAAAAAAAAAAGAUAUUGACUUUUUAGUAAAAUCAUGUAAUGAAUUUCCCUAUGACAAUUUACUAAAUGAUAUUAAAAAUGAAUUAGCCUCAUAUAACCCUCCAGAAGAAAUAAUUGUAAAUAAUAUUUCUAAAUACAAUUAUAAAUACAAAUCUAUAUUAUUAUUAUUUGAUAUUGAUAAAGAUAUUAAUCAUUAUAAAGAAACUUAUGGUAUAGAUAUAAAAGAUGCACAUGAUUUUUUUGAAAGCGUUGUUCUUAAGAAUUCUGACAAAUAUAAAUAUAAAUAUUUUUUCAAUUCUAUUGUAAUUAAUAAAAUAGAUGAUGAAAAUAAGGAAAACAAAUUUUUAAAUGAAAAUUUAAAAUUAUUUCGUCAAGAAUCAUGCUGUAUUAAUGAAUUUUCUGAAGAAAGUGAAGAUAAUGGAGAAAAAGAGGACGGAAAUAAAGAAAGGGAAGAAAAAUAUAAUAAAAGAAAAAGAGAUAAAAGAGUAUUCCAAAGUAGAACUGCUAAAAGAGAAGAAAAAAAAAAAAAAAAAUUAAAAGCAAAACUAUAUCAUAGUUUAAUGAAGGAUAAUAAUAAUAGUAGUAAUAACAAUAAUAAUAAUGUAGUAGUAAGAAAAAGAGGUAGACCAUUAGGAAGUACUAAGUUUAAUAAAAACAAAUUACUUAAUGUGAUAAAUAAAAAUAAUUCAAAAAAUUUUAUCAAUAGAAAUAGUAGCAAUAAUAAUAAUAUAAUCAAUAAUAAUAAUAUGAAUUGUAAUAAUGAUGGUAAUAAUAAUAGUUAUAAUGUUAUUAAUAAUAAUAAAGAUAGUAAUAAUAGUGUUCAUAGCAUUAAUAAUAUUACUAAUAAUAAUAAUAACGAUGAUAAUAACAAUAUACUAUCAAAUAAUAUUUUAGAGCAUAAUAAAUUAGAUGAAAGAAAUAUAAAAAAUCAAGAAAGGAACAAAAUAAUAGAAAAUAAUUUGAAUGAAGCAGCAAAUAAUGAAGAAUAUAAUUUAAUUAAUUACAAUUUUCCUUCAAACAAUAGUGAAUUAAAAAAAAAUUUAUUAUAUCUAAAAUAUAAUUUUAACAAAAAUUUUUCUUUUAUCUUUAAGAUUCCAACAUGCUGCAUAUGUGAAUUUGAUGCCUUUUAUCUAGGAGGGGGUCCUAUUAAAAGAACUAACAAAAAGAAUGAGUGGUGUCAUAUACGUUGUGCUUUAAUUAGCAAUUGUGUAAUCAGUGAUAAAAUUGAAAUAAACAUUAAAGAAGAAAAAACAAAAUAUAAGUGUUCUUUAUGCUUAAGAACAAAUAAUAUAGGUAUAAUAAAAUGCAAUAUUGCAGAUUGCUAUAAAUAUUAUCACAUAUCAUGUGCUACAUCAUCAAGUAAAUAUUUAAUUGAAUAUAAUGAAUUUAAUAAAUUAGUUUUAUUUUGUUCUAAUCAUUCUCAAAAGAAAGCACCAACGGAGAUAUUAAGAAAAUAUCAAAUUCUUCGAGAAAAAGAAUAUAAUAAAAAUAAAUUAGAAGAUAAAUUAAAUAUUGCUAAAAUUUUUGAUGCAUACAUAUUGCAGUCAUAUUUAAAAAUAAGUGAUUUAAAAUUAUUCAAUUUGCUUUCAUUAUCAUCCUUAUCUAUAUUUGAAAAAUUCAUCUAUUUUAAUUACAAUAAAUUUAGUGAAAAUGUAAAAAGUAAUAUUGGUAUUAUUGAUGAUUUUAAUGAAAUAUGUCAAAAUUAUGAUCAUAAUUUUUCAAAAGAAAGAAAUGAACCCUUUAAUAAUGCAUUGGAAAUAUGUGAAAUGAAUAAAAUUAAAAAGGAUAAUUGUAUUAGAGAUAUUCAAAACAAUGAUGUUGAAAAAAAAGAUGAUGAAGAAACUAAUAAAAGUUUUAACGUUAAAAAUAAAAUUAAUAAUGAAGAUAAUAAUACAAAUGAUGACAAAAUUCAAAUUAUUAAUAAAGAAAAAUAUGAUGAUGAAGAAGAGCUCUUCUUGGAAUUAGAAGAGAAAAACAAAAAAAAAAAUAUACCAAUUGAUAUAUUUGAUAUAGAUAGCAUAAAUAAAAUCAGUAAUAUAAAAUGUAACAAUAUAAUAAGUAUUAGCAAUUUCAAAAAUAUCUAUAAUGAAAAUUUAUUAGAUGAGGAUUCCUUACUAAAGUUGUUAACUUAUGAUUUCUUAAAUAUACAGAAAGAUAUACAAGAAUUUAAUAGUAGUAUUUUAAGUGAUAAAUACAAAAAGUUAAAGAAUUUUGAAAAUAUAUUAUUAUUAUAUCCUUAUUUUAAUGAUUAUCAAUUAAGAAAAUUAUCUGAGCUCAUACUGGAAAAAUAUCCUUCUAAUAUAUCCAAUAUUGAUAACGAUGACUCCUUUUUUGCAUUCUUUAAUAAAUUUCUUUCACUUCUGAAUAAUAAAAAUUUGAUGUUUUGUAGUGUAUGUUUAUCAAAAGCUACAUAUUAUGAGAAAAAUAAAGAAAAAAAUAAAAGUAAUCAAGAUGAUUUAAUUACAUUAGAAAACAAGGAUACAAAUAUUCAAAUCAGUAAAUUAAGAAAAAUUUCUUGCUCAACAAGUAAAAAAGACAAUUUUGAAAUAAAAAAAGAAAGAAGACUUGGAUCAUUAAGUGUACUAAAAAAAUGUUCUUUAUGCAAUGUAUAUAUUUGCUAUUUUUGUUGUCAUAGAAUGAAUAUAGAUAUAGUGAAAAAUUAUUUAAAUGAUGAUAUAGAAGAUCCAGCAGUUAAUAAUUACAAAUAUGGUAAAUUAAAUAAUUUCUUAUAUAAUAGUGUGGGAAGACCGAGUAAGUAUAAGAGAAAAUACAAAAUUGAUUUUGUUAAUAAUAAUUGUAUGAAUAAAAAUAGUAAUUUGAAUUCAAUUGAUGUUAUUAAUAAUAAAAAUUGCGAAAAUAAUGAUAAUAUGCAUGAAAUAAAAAAGGAGAUUAAAUUAAAUAAAUAUAAUUUUUCAUUAAAUAAUAUAGAUAUCGAUGCUUCUCCAUGCAAAGAUAAAAUAAUAAAAAAAGAGAAUUAUAAAAAUAUACCUCUUAUAAGUAGGAAAAAAAUAAAAAAAAAUGAAAUUAACAUUUUAAACAAACAUGAGGUACUUCAUAAAAGUAGAAAGGAUUUAGAUAUUAUAAAUAAAAAGGAUGGGAAUUUUACAAAUAAAAAAUAUUUUAAUGUAAUUAAAAAGAAGGAUAUAAAUAUGAUAAAUAAAAGAAACAUUGAGGAAAUUAAUAAAAAUAGUAUUAUUGAACCUAGUAAAAAAGGAAUAAAUAAAAUAAUUAUAAAUGGAGUUAAUGAAAAAAUUACCAGUGAAAAAAAUAUUAAAGAAGAUAAAAAUGAAAACCAAGAAACUAUUGAGGAAAUAAUGCAUGAUGCAAAUAGAAAGGAUAGUAAGGAAGUCAAAAAUAUAAAUGAAAAAAGCAAUAAUAAAGCUAAUAAAACAGGUAUAAAUAAAAGAAGUAUUCAUCAACUUAAUAUUAUAAAUGACUAUACGAAUAAAAAAGAAGAUGAAAAUGAAUUUAUAUGUCCAAGAUGCGAAUAUUUUAAGGUAAAAAAAAAAAUAGGAUUUUGUUCAUAUUGCCCUAGAUUAGAUGGAUUUUUAAAUUGUUUUGAAGAUAAAGUAAAAAAAGAAUUAAUAUUUGUUCAUCCAAAAUGUUUAGAGUAUGUAAAUACUGCUUAUUCUAAAAAAAAUAACAUUAAUGAGAUAAAGGCAGGUUCUAAUAAAAAAAUAUGUAGUUAUUGCAGAAUCAGACAUGGAAUUGUCCUUACUUGUAGCAAUACUGAUUGCGAUACUUCUUUUCAUAUAUCAUGUGGGAUUUUACUUGGUUGUAAAAUGGAUAACUUUUUUGGUAGAGUAGAUAUUUAUAACCCUAAAAAAGCCUAUUGCUUUAAACAUACAUUUCAGUACUGUAAAAAAAAUAGUUUGGUGAAUUUUAUUAAUACAAAUAAGUUAUUUUUCUUCGAAAAUUUCUUAUACUUUCCAUUUAAUCAUUUGUAUAAUUUUCUAAUGGGGACAUAUAUUUUUAAUUGUUUGAAUAAAAAGUAUGCCAAUUUUUUAAUGAAACCAAUUAAAAUAGACGAUUAUUUAUCAACUAAUAUCUUUGAAAAAACACAAUUAAAUAUGAUUAAAAAGAGCACAAAUUUUGCUUCCAAUGAACUAAAAAAAAGUUACAAAUGCAAUAAAUAUAGUUUGGAGGACAAAAGAAAAUUCUUUUUAAAAAACAAUGUUGAAGACAAAAAAUAUAUGGAUUAUUAUAAUAGUGAAAUAGCUAAUAAGGAGAUAAAAUUAUUAAAUGAUGAAAACUCAAAGAACGUACUGGAUUCAUUAAAAAAUAUUCAUUAUAAAAUUAAAAGUGAAAGUAAUAAUUCUAAUUUUAUACAUAAAGAAACAGAACAUUUUCUAAUGUCAUCGGACAAAAAUAAUACUUUAAAUAUAGGAUCAGACUAUUCUAAGGAUCCAUCAGUAAAUGCAAACCCCCAAAUCAAGAAUGAUUUUGUAUUCAUUGACGAUAAUUUAACUGAAAGUGCUGUUUCUGUUUUAUCUGAAAAUGAAACAGAAGAACUUAAAUCCUUCCAAAAUGUUUCUUUUUUUAACUGCAAAAGUAAUACAUAUAUUAAUAAUAUCAUUCAAAAUAGUUUUAUGAGUUAUAAGAAAAAAAUUGAAGAAAAUUAUAAUAUUCCAUUUAAUACUGAAAGUAUAACAAGUAAUAAUUACAGUAAUAAUUUUAAUGUAGAAUUGAAUGAUAAAAAAAAUAAACAAAGCACAGUAGUAGAUAAAAAUGAUAAAUAUGGUUACUUAGAAGACAAGAGAAAAAUAUAUAUACUUCAUGAAAAGGAUAAAGAUAGCUUAAAAAAAAGUUCAUUAAAAGAUUCGUAUGCAUAUUUUAAACAAAAUAAUAAUAUUAACAUAAAAAUAGAAGGAAAAAAAAAAAGAAAAGAGAAACAGAAAGAUAAAAAAAAUAAAAAUAAAAGUAAUGAUGAUAUAGAUGACUUUGGGAAUGAUUUGAAUGUAGCUAAUGAAAAGAAAAUAAUACAAUUAAAUAAUAAUAUUGGUGAAACAGAUAAAGAGAACCAAUUUGACGUUAUUAUUGGAAAUAUUAAUGGUGUUAAUGAGUUAAUUAAGAAAGAUAAAAAUGAAAUAGAAAAAACAAAAAAAAAUAAAAACGAAAAUUUAAAAAUAAGUGAGAAUACAAAAGAAGAAAAAAAAGAUAUAAAAAAAAAUGAAGAAAGCAAAGAAGAUGAACAAAUAUUUUGCCCAGUAUGCAAAUGUUAUUAUGAAGAAUUAAGUGAUGGAUCACCAGCCGAUGGCUUAAACUGGAUUGGAUGUGAUAAAUGUGAAAAAUGGUAUCACUGGAUUUGUUGUAAAUAUUCUAUUGAUAACCCACCUGACAUAGAUAAUGAUUGGUAUUGCAAUGGUUGUUUAAAUAAUUGA